GGGGAUUGGAGUGCUUUCUAUCCGCGAAAGUGUGAUUUAUGUCUUUAUAAAAAGAUCCCUAAAACUGCAGAAGAAUGGAUGCUGAUAGGACGUCAAUUUGAAAAACAUUGGAAUUUCCCUCACUGCAUUGGGGCUAUGGAUGGCAAACAUAUUGUUAUACAAGCUUCAAAUAAUACUGGAAGUGACUUUUUUAAUUACAAAGGCGAUUUCAGCAUUGUACUUUUAGCAUUGGUUCAUGCAAAUUAUAAAUUCACGUAAGUAGAUGUCGGUUGUAAACGAAGAAUAUCGGAUGGUGUUGUUUUCAAAAAUACGGGUUUCUAUGUUAAUCUUCAGCAAGGACAAUUAAAUUUACCCCAACCUACUGCGCUACCCGGGAGGAAGACACCAAUUCCAUAUGUCAUUGUUGCAGACGAUGAUUUUGCAUUAGAUAUGAAUUUAAUGAAACCAUAUCCCGGUCAACAUGACAAAAGAUCGAAAGAAAGAAUAUUCAAUUAUCGGUUGAGCAGAACGAGACGUAUUGUGGAAAAUGUAUUUUGGAUUUUGUCCGCUGUAUUUUGCGUACUCAGGAAACCCAUGCUUUUAGCUCCAGAAAAGGCACAAUUAAUAACACUGACAUGUUGUUAUUUGCAUAAUUUUUUGAUGACACAAAAGUCGUCUUCACAGCUUUACACUUCUCCUGGCAUUUUCGAUACUGAAAACCAAAUUACCCAUAGCGCUAUCGAUGCACCCAUGGCAAACUUACUACCAUUAAGAAAUGUCGGAAGAAGACCAACAGGCGAUGCGAACUAGCAAAUUAUUUUCAAGCUGACAUCGGAAUGGUGCCAUGGCAAGAAACACUAGCGUAAAAAGCAUACUUAAGUAUAAUAGAGUUAUAAAAUAAUAAAAAAAU